AUGCCCAAGACAAAGGCUAUCGUGAUAUCUGGUCCAAUGGACGCCAGACAUGUCGGCGGUGUCAAUUUAUUGGGCAACGGCUCCUCGGGCUUUAGUCAUUACUUCAAUAAUGCUACGAUACAGCAAGAUGAACGACCCUCGCAUGCGUUUGCUACAUCUGGGAAAAUAGAAGUACCGAAACGAUCAGAUACGAUGAACAGUCCGAUACGCCGACCCAGCCUUCACUUCAAAGCAAGUUUUUCCAUGCUAGGCCGCCAGUCUUCCGUACGUCAACCAGACGAAACAGAAAAGUCCGAUAGCGAGAGCGUUCAUAGGUCUUUAAGAAUGAAGUCGAGUAUGUCCCGACUACGACAAAGAGUCGGACUAGAAUCGUAUGACACUGUCAAGACGCCCUCUCCAGAGCCAUCUCUCAAACCUGAAGCGACACAGAUGUACGCUCCGCUGCGACAAGACUGGAAUGAACCAGCUCAUCUUACUGCCUUGCCUGUUUACACCCCUAUCAAGGAUGUGCGGUCAGCCAGCACCAGUGCUUCGCCUCCACGAAAGCCUCUUGUUCAAAGACGGCCUUCUUUACCUUUCAAAAGCCAGUCGCAGGAUGUAAACGCACGCCCUGCUCAGCCCCCUGCCCGCCAGCACCGCGCUGACUCUGGCACCGCCAUUGACUUCAGAGACGUACCUGUCAAGGAACGACCAGUUCCUUUCAAAGAAAUCAUGGCGGUAUCAAGCCACGCCGAGCGUAUGGCCUUGUACAAGAAGACGCGCGACUACUGGGCCACAGCACUGGCCGCUUAUGUCCCUCCACCCCAGAUGCGCUACAUGUUCCGUACGGUAGAGAGGCCCUGGUUCCCGUGA